UAUUAUUCUGCGUUAUGACGUUUGGCCCUCUGGUGGCAUGUGCGAAGAAGAUUUUACCAACAUGUAGUAACGUAUUUUUUUAUUUACCUAGUGAUUCGGAGCAAUUCGGAGAGUAACAUUUUUCGAAUAAGUUUAGCUAUGGCCCAACGAAAAAGUUUAAAUAGACGUCCAUCCAGAUAUAGCAGAUUGAGCGUUGGUUCCGCGAUUCUGGAUCCUAAUACGGGCAUUUUAGACGAGGAGUAUCCGUAUUGGUGGCAAGGUUUAGAUAAUACAACAGUGCGACCAUCUAUGGGUUCCGAUACUUUGAAUCAAACGGGUCGUUAUUUGUAUUCUGAUUCAAGCAUAGAACCCAACACAGUCGAAGAUAGAUGGUGGGACAAUUUGGAAUCAUUAAAUAAUUCCAAGACCCCUAUGGCUACUAAGGAUUAUUCUAAAGAAGAUACAACUAAUAUAGCAUCAACAUCAGAGUCUGAAGGGGAACCCAGAAUUGUGAAAAGAAAACGUACGUUACGGUCAAAGGCAAUGAAUUCUCGAGAUAACGCAUUUUCAGACGUUUUGAAUAAUUUUGAAACUGCAAUUUUGCCAGAACCCAUGCAAGAAUCUAUGAGAGACAGUUCUAUACAUAGUUCGGUGUCAGUGGAAAAGCCUCUUAGUAAUGCUGAACAAUUAAAUAACUCCCAAGGAAGUAGUCGGAAUCAUAGUUUAACCACAAGCAUUGUAAAAGUGAGGCCUAGAAUUUUUGGUAAAAAAUACAAGGAUCAGAAUACAAAUGUAUUUGAUGACAUUUUAAACACAGAUGAGUUAGAAAGUCCAUUGAAGAAACAGUCUUUGAGAAUAUCUUUGACUAAAGAGUUGCUAACUUCAACAAAUGAUAAUCCGCCUGCUACAGCUUCAACCCUCGUUGUUAAUAGCACACAGCACAAUCAUCGUACUGUGUCUCCUGAAAAUAAAAAUUAUUGUUCUGCAUCAAGUUCGCAAUCCACAGUAGUAAACAAUAAUUUCGCGUAUACGCGCGAUAACAAUAAGGACAGUACUGCCAGCGAUGCGGAAACUACUGUAUUAAAACCAAAAUCAAAGUUUCUAAACCGACAUAAUAAAAUUGUAAAUGAAAAUGAAACAAAUGAGUCAACGAGGAAGAGUAUUGCAGCAGAGACAAAAACUUUCAAGAGACCUUCGGCAUCAGCAGCGGAUAAUCCAGUCGAAUUCUUGCAACCUGUAUCAAGAAAUAUAACUUCCGUUGACUCCAGUGAUUCCUCGAAUACAAGCCAACGUGACGAUCCACCAAAAAAGAAAUCAGUAUUUUUGAAUAGAUUACGCGAAAGUCGAAAACGUAAUCUAUUUCUAGAUAUUCUCCAGGAAAGUGAUGACAGUAUUAUACACGAGACAUCGAGAUCAAAAGCUUCCGUUAAUCAUUCAAGGGAAAGAAAUUUGGUAAAUGAGAACUCCAAAGAGAUAAGAGAGCGCCAAUUAGUCAGCGAUGAGAGCAGCAGAAACAGUAUGGAAAAUGUACUACUAAAAUACUCAGGGCCAUUGAAUGUAGAUAAUAAUGAUACUAUAAACUCUAGUAAUAAAAUAAAUUCAAACGUAUCGAAAAUGCUUGCUCCAGAAACUGCAACUACUUCUCGCAGCGGUAACAGUGAAGAGGAGCAAUCGAUUGACUCCGCUGUUAGUCUUAUUGAACAGUCCAAAGAGAAACAUACGAGUCAGAAUAAUACAAAUGCUAACAGUGGAAUCCAUUGUAACGAGAGCUCAAUUCGGAAAUCAGUUUCACAAAAUGAAAAAGAAUAUGUACCAGAAGUCGAUAAAAGCAUAACAGAUAACACGCGUACACGAUCACCUGCUAAAAUUCCAAAUGAUUCGAGUCAGGAUGAUGAGUACAUUACGGAAACACAAUCUGGAACUUGGACUAGAUUAGAGAAUCAAAAACAACGUGGUACGACCGACUUGGAAUCAGAAAAAGAUGAAUCCACGUUAAAGAAACGUAGCAAACAUUUCGCUAGUUUGCAAAAUAAAUCGGCCUCGCCUAUCACAGAUGAGAAUCAACAAGGUCAAGUUCAAAAUGUUUCGGGAAGAGAAAGCGAAGGUUUAGAUAGAUCGCAAAAGCGGUCCACUUCGGCUAUACCAAAUGAAGAGGCACUAGAUAAAAAUGAUAUUACUAAAAGGCAAAGCAGGAAUAUAAGUAAAUCGCAAAAUUUGUCGUCACGUUUUGUGACCAGCUCUGAUGAGGAAGAAAUGCAAAGCAAAAGUUUACGCAGAUCGCAAAAGCAGUCUACUAUGGCUAUCCCAAGCGAAGAGGAACUAGUCAUCAAUAAUGGCAUUGAUAACACUCCUAAAAGGAUAAGCUGGAAUCCAAAUAUAUUAAAAAAAUUGUCAGUUUCUAUUACAAAACUACAAGACACACGUUUACAUAGUUCAGAAAGACAGUCAGGUUUAAAUAGAGUGUCAGAGUUUGAAGCAUUAGGCAAUCAAACUUCUUCAAAGAAACCUACUAGAAAGUCGCGCAGAAUCCAGAAGUUACUGAGUUCUUCUACAGAGAACGAAGUAACAGUGGAGCGACACGAGGAUACGACGACUAUGCAAAACAGGCAGAGCGAUUCUGAGGCAGAAAUUCACACUCCUUCAAAGAGGCAAAGGAAGAAGUUAAGUAAAUCACAAAAACAGUCAGCAUUAGGUAUUGCAGGAGAGAGAUUCAGUAGAUCACAAAAACAGUCAGCAUUAGAUAUUGCAACAGAAGAUGUAUCAGAGCAAGAUAGAGAUACUGCGAGCGAGCUUAGGAAAGAAUCAACUGUAGUGGAUGCAGGCGAAUCAAAUAAAAACAAAUCGCAGGAUAAUGCUAAUGUUAGGUAUAAAACGUUAAAUAAUUUAAGUAAGACACUGAAACAAGUUAACACGACGGCCAAAUCGACGAAUCGACUCACUUUUAAUUUAAAUAAUCCUAGCGAUAAAGAGGAUGCGAGUGCCUCAAACGCAACUAUGAACAAUGAACGUAACAGUACUCAGCCUUGUAACAUAGAGCUUACAAACGUGUUACAAAAUACUAAUAAAGAUGCGCAAACAGUUGGUAGGAGAUCUAUUGGAAAUGUUUCGCGUAGCUCUCGUCCAAAUGUUUCAGAGAAUCGUAAAACCCCGAAUAAAGCCACGGGUUCGGUAGCACCUUCGAAAAUGCUCAUCAACCGAAUUCCUACAUCUUCGACCAGCCAAAGGAACAUCAAGGACUUUUUCCAAGUAGAGAAAUCUCUACCAGCGUCUCAAGUUUUCGCUGAUAAACAGAAGCUGGAAGAAGUGAAGAUGAAGAUGGAGAUACUGAAGGAACGCGUACUGGCUGCAAUGAAACCAAUCCAGAAGAAUCCUGAACCAAGAGUUCUGUCUCAAGGAUUAAAGCCGAACAAUGUUGCCAAAGCGAAGAAAUCAACGCAAACGAAGGAGAUCAACAAAGCUUUUUUGGUGAACGGAAAAGUAUACAAAGUUCCACGUCUCGCUCGUCCAAAACCGUGGAUCACGAAUCGCCUUUACAAAUUUUUAUGGAAAAAAAUGAAUUCGAAGUACGGCCCAAACACGCGAGUGGUUUCUGAGAAAUUCGUUCGUCAAUUGUCGGAGAUAACAACGUUGAUCGAAAAACGUAAACUAUAUUCGAAGUAUGAGUCCGAGUUGUUAGCAUUGAUGAAGGAAAUGGCACGGUUAAAUAUCAUCGAGACCAGGCUCGACUUUUACCACUUUUGCCAAGAUUUUUUACCGUAUGAGCUUCGCUUCAAAAUGGUUCCGAUGUUAUUGCCAGGAAACAAGAGAAAUAUUCCUUACGAUCCCGACAAAGUGUAUGAACCACUCCUUCAGAAUUAGAAUAAUAAUAAUAAUAUAGAUGGUAUAAAAUUGAAUAGGUUAAAUAUUUAUAUUAUUGCCGGUUACAGCAGUAAUAAAUUAUUUUUGUACUUUUAUAGUUGAUAAAAACGAAAUGUGAUUAAAUGUAGUUCAUAUAGCAACUUGCGAAUUGCUAUAAUAUUUGCAAAUAAUUGCACAGAUAGAACUUAGAAGUAUUUAUGUAAUAUAAGGCAUUAAAAUUUUGUAUACUGUUGUUACUAUAGUGUAUGUUUCAAUAUUCGCUACGAAAGUAUUGUAAUUUGUUCUUUAACAAGUAUCGAGAUCACAAUUUUCUAAUUUUCUACUUUAACUAGUACUACAAACUUGAGCGUUCUGCCACCGAUGGCAACACUAGUACUAAAAACAGUGUAAAAUAAAAUGUUUUUGAAAAUAAUACAUUGGCAUAAUCACGGA